UUUUUUUUUAAUUCCCGCUGCUGGAUUUGACGCUUCGCUUUUUCUUUCCUUCGGCCUCGCAGUAUUCGCCCCCGCCAUGAAUGGUUUCCGGGACAGCAGGAUCGAGGAGGGCACCUUCCUUUUCACCUCAGAGUCGGUGGGGGAAGGGCACCCAGAUAAGAUCUGUGAUCAAAUUAGUGAUGCUGUUCUUGAUGCGCACCUGAAGCAGGAUCCAAAUGCCAAAGUCGCAUGCGAAACGGCUGCAAAGACUGGAAUGAUUCUCCUGGCUGGGGAGAUCACAUCCACUGCUGCAGUUGACUAUCAAAAAAUUGUUCGCGAAACAAUCAAGCACAUUGGCUAUGAUGAUUCAUCAAAAGGCUUUGACUACAAAACGUGCAAUGUACUGGUUGCUCUAGAGCAGCAGUCUCCCGACAUAGCUCAGGGUGUGCAUCUUGACAGGAAGGAAGAAGACAUUGGUGCUGGGGACCAGGGUUUGAUGUUUGGUUAUGCUACCGAUGAGACCGAUGAGAGCAUGCCCCUGACUCUUCUCCUAGCACACCAGCUGAAUGCAAAACUGGCAGAACUCCGUCGAAAUCAUAUUUUGACUUGGCUGCGACCAGAUUCGAAGACCCAGGUGACGGUUCAGUACAAGCAGGAUCGUGGUGCCGUCAUCCCCAUUAGAGUCCACACGAUUGUCAUUUCCAUCCAGCACGAUGACAGAAUUGGACUGGAUGAGAUGAGAGAUGCCCUGAAGGAGAAAGUGGUCAGAGCUGUUGUGCCUGCAAAAUACUUGGAUGAUGAUACUAUUUAUCAUCUGCAACCUAGUGGCCGAUUUGUGAUUGGCGGUCCCCAGGGAGAUGCUGGUUUGACUGGCCGGAAGAUCAUUGUUGACACUUACGGUGGCUGGGGAGCCCAUGGAGGAGGGGCUUUCUCCGGAAAAGACUACACAAAAGUUGACCGCUCGGCUUCUUACGCUGCACGCUGGGUUGCCAAAUCCCUUGUAAAGUCUGGCCUGUGUCGACGAGUGCUCGUUCAGGUCUCUUACGCCAUUGGAGUCGCCCACCCAAUAUCGGUCUCUAUUUUCCACUAUGGCACUUCUCAAAAAACGGAGCAUGAACUGCUGGACAUUGUGAAGAAGAACUUCGAUCUUCGCCCUGGGGUCAUUGUCAGGGAGCUGGAUCUGAAGAAGCCUAUUUAUCAGAAGACUGCAGCCUAUGGUCACUUUGGUAGGAACAACUUCCCCUGGGAAGUCCCCAAAAAGCUUAAAUACUGAAAUAUAUAUAUGUUGGGCUUCUUUCCCCAGACCUGUUGGUGUACAUUACAGAGAAACCUUCAGGGUCCUUUGUGGGAAGGAGCCCCCAGUCCCUCAAUUGGUCCUAUCCC